AUGGGAGCAGAGAUGAUGAAGAGGUGGGGCACCUGGGAGGAGCUCCUCCUUGGUGGGGCCAUUCUCCGUCAUGGAACCAAAGAUUGGAACAUUGUUGCCACUGAGCUUCGAGCCCGAACAGUUUUUCCUUACACCAUUACUCCUGAGGUUACCUUACAUGAUCUUGAAAGGAAUAAAAUUCUCAGGGCUUGGUUUGAGGAGCUUAGGAAGGCUAGAGUAGCAGAAUUGAAGAGAUCCAUACAACUAUCUGAAGAUUCAAUUGGGUCUCUUAAAUCUAUGCUUGAAAGCCUCAAGGCUGGUAAGAAUGAGAAAAGAGAUGAUUGUCACAUUGAAAAUGGAUCAAAUCGUCCAAAGUUGCAUGUAGAUUCACAUAAAUUAGAAAGAGUUGAAUCUUCCACCAAAGAGACAUCAAAGGAUGGAUUAUCUGCUGGGAGUUUCACGCAUGAAACUGGGACAAGUUGGUCUCCUGGAUGUCUGGUUUUGUCUGUGCCUGUUCAAGAUUGGGAAACUAAGCCUCACGUUUUGCACUCCACAAAGCAGCUUAAGUUUUUUAACGUAGAUAAGUUGGCAUAUGCUGUAUACGAAGGAGAAAGGGGAAGUUUUAAAAAACGAAGAGGGAAGAGGAAAAGGAAGGAUUGUGGCAAGAAUAUGAAGAAAGAAAGUAUAGAAGAAAGUGUUUUGUUAGAUUCGGUUGAUGUUAUUUCAUGGUGUAAAGAAAGUUCUACCAGUAACCACAGUGAAGUUGCCAAAUCAAGUGGUGUAAAUUGUCAAAAUAAGAAUUUGAAAAAGGGUAGGGCGGAAGACAUGAUGAAGAUUUUGGAUUCUAUUUUUAAAACUAAAUGUGCUUCUGCCUUUCGUCGUAGACUUGAUAGUCAGAGAAAAGUGGAGAUUCAAGAAAUGAAGUAG